AUGAUCCACCCUGAUAACUCUAUUUUUAUCUUAUUUGUGCCUCAUACCAUUAUUUGCCAAUGGGCAGAGGCAAUCCCUUCAUCUCUCUCGAGGUAUACACUUUCUUCCUCUCUUUGUUUCGCCUUUUUCCUUCCUCCCUUUUCUUCUGUUGACAGCUCGGCUUCCAACCCGACUUACUGCAACAGGGAUGUAUACUUUCUUCCUCUCUUUGGUUUUCUUCUUUCUUUCCUUCUUCUUCUUUACACAAUUCAGCUUAUAACAGAGGUAUACACUUUCUUCUCUGUUUUCCCUUUUCUUUCUUUACACAAUUCAACUUGUAACAGAGGUAUACUUUAUUCCUCUCUCUGGAUAUCUGUUUUCUUUUCUUUAUACAAUUCAACUUGGGGUUUAUUGAACAGGAAUACUUCUUGUCUGGAGUUGCUUGGAUUGAACUGGAUAAGUUUCAUUACUAUCAAAUGCGUCUUAUCUUUCCAUUCAUAA